AGUCGGGCGUGCGCGCGCUGCUGAAGGCUCGCUGGGGCUCUGUUCCCCGCGGGAGCUAUUGUUGGUCUCGCUGGAGCUGAGCACAGAGCCAGGACCUGCUCCUUCCUGGGCGUCCCGCUCGGGAUUGCGGAGCCCAAGAGCCGCGCCGCCGAGAGCUAGAGGAGCCACCCGCGCAGCGCCUUGCCUCCCUGCAGCCCUCCUUCCCGCUUUCCCGGAGGUGGCAGCCUGCAGCCACGAUGGAAAAACUGAGAUUCAGAGAGGGCCAGUGAACUCUCAGACCCUUGGUCAGUAGAAAGGGCCACACUCCACCCAUCGUCCUCCAGGAUCCGAUGGCCCUAGAGAGAGGGCUGCAGGGCCCAUGGAUACUGCUGACUCUUUGGAAUGUGCUAAUAUGGAGCCAGACCACUCGGCCCUGAGCGCGGCGAGGGCGCUGUUCGUGGAUGUGGAGGAGCGCGGGCCGGCGGCCAUGGACGUGAAGGAGAGGAAGCCCUACCGCUCGCUGACCCGGCGCCGCGACGCCGAGCGCCGCUACACCAGCUCGUCCGCGGACAGCGAGGAGGGCAAAGCUCCGCAGAAGUCCUACAGCUCCAGCGAGACCCUGAAGGCCUACGACCAGGACGCCCGCCUCGCCUACGGCAGCCGCGUCCAGGACUUGGUGCCCCAGGAGGCCGAGGAGUUCUGCCGCGCAGGUGCCACCUUCACCCUGCAUGAGCUGGGGUUGGGGGAUGUGACACCCCCUCAUGGGACCCUGUACCAGACAGACAUUGGCCUCCCCCGCUGCAGCUACUCCAUGGGGGCCAGCUCUGAUGCUGACAUGGAGGCCGACACCGUCCUGUCCCCUGAGCACCCCGUGCGGCUGUGGGGCCGGACCACACGGUCAGGGCGCAGCUCCUGCCUGUCCAGCCGGGCCAACUCCAACCUCACACUCACCGACACAGAGCAUGAGAACACUGAAACCGGUGCUCCCUUGCAUUGUUCAUCCGCUUCAUCAACCCCUAUUGAGCAGUCCCCCUCCCCGCCCCCCUCCCCUCCGGCCAAUGAGAGCCAGAGGCGGUUGCUAGGCAACGGUGUGGCCCAGCCAACCCCGGACUCAGACUCUGAGGAAGAGUUUGUGCCUAAUUCAUUCUUAGUUAAAAGUGGCUCCGCCAACCUGGGGGUCGCAGCUAACGAUCACCCCGGCGGUCUGCAGAACCACCCGCGGCUCCGGACGCCGCCGCCGCCACUCUCGCAUGCCCACACCCCCAACCAGCAGCUCCACGCGGCCUCCAUUAACUCCCUGAACCGAGGCAACUUCACUCCGAGGAGCAACCCCAGCCCGGCCCCCACGGACCACUCGCUUCCCGGAGAGCCCCCCGCCGGCGGCGCCCAGGAGCCCGCCCACGCCCAGGACAACUGGCUGCUCAACAGCAACAUCCCCCUGGAGACCAGAAACCUAGGCAAGCAGCCAUUCCUAGGGACAUUGCAGGACAACCUCAUUGAGAUGGACAUUCUCAGCGCUUCCCGCCAUGAUGGGGCUUACAGUGACGGGCACUUCCUCUUCAAGCCAGGAGGUACCUCCCCGCUCUUCUGCACCACGUCCCCAGGGUACCCACUAACAUCCAGCACAGUGUACUCACCUCCACCUCGACCUCUGCCCCGCAGCACCUUCGCCCGGCCAGCCUUUAACCUCAAGAAGCCCUCCAAGUACUGUAACUGGAAGUGUGCAGCCUUGAGUGCCAUUGUCAUCUCAGCCACGCUCGUUAUCCUACUGGCUUACUUUGUGGCCAUGCACCUGUUUGGCCUAAACUGGCACCUGCAGCCGAUGGAAGGGCAGAUGUAUGAGAUCACGGAGGACACAGCCAGCAGUUGGCCUGUGCCAACGGACGUCUCCCUGUAUCCCUCAGGGGGCACUGGGUUAGAGAUCCCUGACAGGAAAGGCAAAGGAGCCACAGAAGGAAAGCCCAGUAGCUUCUUUCCAGAGGACAGUUUUAUAGAUUCCGGAGAAAUCGACGUGGGGAGACGGGCUUCCCAGAAGAUUCCUCCUGGCACUUUCUGGAGAGCUCAGGUGUUCAUAGAUCAUCCUGUGCAUCUGAAAUUCAAUGUGUCUCUGGGAAAGGCAGCUCUGGUUGGCAUUUAUGGCAGAAAAGGCCUUCCUCCUUCACAUACACAGUUUGACUUUGUGGAGCUGUUGGAUGGAAGGAGGCUUCUGACCCAGGAGGCACGGAGUCUGGAGGGACCCCAGCGCAAGUCUCGGGGGGUCAUUCCCCCCUCUAGCCAUGAAACCGGCUUUAUCCAGUAUUUGGAUUCAGGAAUCUGGCACCUGGCUUUUUACAAUGACGGAAAGGAGUCUGAAGUGGUUUCUUUUCUCACCACUGCCAUUGAAUCAGUGGAUAACUGCCCCAGCAACUGCUAUGGCAAUGGUGACUGCAUCUCUGGGACCUGCCACUGCUUCCUGGGUUUCCUGGGCCCUGACUGUGGCAGAGCCUCCUGCCCUGUGCUCUGUAGCGGGAACGGCCAAUAUAUGAAGGGCAGGUGCCUGUGCCACAGUGGCUGGAAGGGUGCUGAGUGCGACGUGCCCACCAACCAGUGUAUCGAUGUGGCCUGCAGUAACCAUGGCACCUGCAUCAUGGGCACCUGCAUCUGCAACCCCGGCUACAAAGGCGAGAGCUGCGAGGAAGUGGACUGCAUGGACCCCACGUGUUCAGGCCGCGGUGUCUGUGUACGAGGAGAGUGCCACUGCUCUGUCGGAUGGGGAGGCACCAACUGCGAGACUCCCAGGGCCACGUGCUUGGACCAGUGUUCAGGCCAUGGGACCUUCCUCCCAGACACCGGACUUUGCAGCUGUGACCCAAGUUGGACUGGACACGACUGUUCAAUCGAGAUCUGUGCUGCCGACUGUGGCGGCCACGGCGUCUGCGUGGGGGGCACCUGCCGCUGCGAGGAUGGUUGGAUGGGCCCGGCCUGCGACCAGCGCGCCUGCCACCCGCGCUGCACCGAGCACGGGACCUGCCGUGACGGCAAGUGCGAGUGUAGCCCCGGCUGGAACGGCGAGCACUGCACCAUCGAGGGCUGUCCUGGCUUGUGCAAUGGGAAUGGCAGAUGUACCUUGGACCUGAAUGGUUGGCACUGCGUCUGCCAGCUAGGCUGGAGAGGGGCUGGCUGUGACACAUCCAUGGAAACUGCCUGUGGUGACAGCAAAGACAACGAUGGAGAUGGCUUGGUGGACUGCAUGGACCCCGACUGCUGCCUCCAGCCCCUCUGCCAUGUCAACCCGCUAUGCCUGGGCUCCCCUGACCCUCUGGACAUCAUCCAGGAGACACAGGCCCCUGUGUCCCAGCAGAACCUACACUCCUUCUAUGACCGCAUCAAGUUCCUUGUGGGCAGGGACAGCACACACAUCAUCCCUGGGGAGAACCCCUUUGACAGAGGGCAUGCAUGUGUCAUUCGUGGUCAAGUGAUGACAUCAGAUGGGACCCCACUGGUUGGUGUGAACAUCAGUUUCGUCAAUAAUCCUCUCUAUGGAUACACUAUCAGCAGGCAAGAUGGCAGCUUUGACUUGGUCACCAAUGGCGGUAUCUCCAUCAUCCUGCGAUUUGAGCGGGCGCCUUUCAUCACACAGGAGCACACCCUCUGGCUGCCAUGGGAUCGGUUCUUUGUCAUGGAAACCAUCAUCAUGCGACAUGAGGAAAAUGAGAUUCCCAGCUGUGACCUGAGUAACUUUGCCCGCCCCAACCCUAUUGUCUCUCCAUCCCCGCUGACAUCUUUUGCCAGUUCUUGUGCAGAGAAAGGCCCCAUCGUUCCAGAAAUUCAGGCUUUGCAAGAGGAGAUCGCUAUCUCUGGCUGCAAGAUGAGGCUGAGCUACUUGAGCAGCCGCACCCCUGGCUACAAAUCUGUCCUAAGAAUUAGCCUCACCCACCCCACCAUCCCCUUCAACCUCAUGAAGGUCCAUCUCAUGGUGGCAGUUGAGGGUCGCCUCUUCAGGAAGUGGUUUGCUGCAGCCCCAGACCUGUCCUAUUAUUUCAUCUGGGACAAGACAGAUGUCUACAACCAGAAGGUGUUUGGGCUGUCAGAAGCCUUCGUUUCCGUGGGUUAUGAGUAUGAAUCCUGCCCAGAUCUCAUCUUGUGGGAAAAAAGAACAGCAGUGCUGCAGGGAUAUGAAAUUGAUGCUUCCAAGCUUGGAGGAUGGAGCUUGGACAAACAUCAUGCCCUCAAUAUCCAAAGUGGCAUCCUGCACAAAGGCAAUGGAGAGAACCAGUUUGUGUCCCAGCAACCACCUGUCAUUGGGAGCAUCAUGGGCAAUGGGCGCCGGAGAAGCAUCUCCUGCCCCAGCUGCAAUGGCCUUGCUGACGGCAACAAACUCCUGGCCCCUGUGGCCCUCACGUGUGGCUCUGAUGGGAGCCUCUACGUGGGUGAUUUCAACUACAUCCGAAGGAUCUUCCCCUCUGGGAAUGUCACCAACAUCUUGGAAUUGAGAAAUAAAGAUUUCAGACAUAGUCACAGUCCAGCACAUAAAUACUACCUGACCACAGACCCCAUGAGUGGGGCCGUCUUCCUUUCUGACACCAACAGCCGGCGGGUCUUUAAGAUCAAGUCCACUGUUGUAGUGAAGGACCUUGUCAAGAACUCCGAGGUUGUCGCAGGGACAGGUGACCAGUGCCUCCCCUUUGAUGACACUCGCUGUGGGGAUGGUGGAAAGGCCACAGAAGCCACACUUACCAAUCCCAGGGGCAUUACUGUGGACAAGUUUGGGCUGAUUUACUUUGUGGAUGGCACCAUGAUCAGACGCAUUGAUCAGAAUGGGAUCAUCUCCACUCUGCUGGGCUCCAGUGAUCUUACAUCAGCCCGGCCCCUCAGCUGUGAUUCUGUCAUGGAUAUUUCUCAGGUUCGUUUGGAGUGGCCUACAGACUUAGCCAUCAACCCAAUGGACAACUCUCUUUAUGUCCUCGACAACAACGUCGUCCUGCAAAUCUCUGAAAACCACCAGGUACGCAUUGUCGCCGGGAGGCCCAUGCAUUGCCAGGUUCCCGGCAUCGACCACUUCCUGCUGAGCAAGGUAGCCAUACACGCAACCCUGGAGUCUGCCACUGCCUUGGCCGUGUCACACAAUGGGGUUCUCUAUAUCGCUGAGACUGAUGAAAAGAAGAUCAACCGCAUCAGGCAGGUCACCACUAGUGGAGAGAUCUCACUUGUCGCUGGGGCCCCUAGUGGCUGUGACUGUAAAAAUGAUGCCAAUUGUGAUUGUUUUUCUGGAGAUGAUGGUUAUGCCAAGGAUGCAAAGCUGAAUACCCCAUCUUCCUUGGCUGUGUGUGCUGAUGGGGAGCUCUACGUGGCCGACCUUGGGAAUAUCCGGAUUCGGUUUAUCAGGAAGAACAAGCCUUUUCUCAACACCCAGAACAUGUAUGAGCUGUCCUCACCAAUCGACCAGGAGCUCUACCUGUUUGAUACCAGCGGCAAGCAUCUGUACACCCAAAGCCUGUCCACCGGAGAUUACCUGUACAACUUUACCUACACGGGGGACGGCGAUGUCACGCUCAUCACAGACAACAAUGGCAACAUGGUGAAUGUCCGCCGAGACUCUACUGGGAUGCCCCUCUGGCUGGUAGUCCCAGACGGCCAAGUAUACUGGGUGACCAUGGGCACCAACAGUGCACUCAAGAGUGUGACUACACAAGGACACGAGUUGGCCAUGAUGACAUACCAUGGCAACUCUGGACUUCUGGCAACCAAAAGCAAUGAAAAUGGAUGGACAACAUUUUACGAAUACGACAGCUUUGGCCGCCUGACAAAUGUGACCUUUCCUACUGGCCAGGUGAGCAGUUUCCGAAGUGAUACAGACAGCUCAGUGCAUGUCCAGGUAGAGACCUCCAGAAAGGAUGAUGUCACCAUAACCACCAACCUAUCCGCCUCAGGUGCCUUCUAUACUUUGCUGCAAGACCAAGUCCGGAACAGCUACUACAUCGGGGCCGACGGCUCCCUGCGGCUGCUGCUGGCCAACGGCAUGGAGGUGGCGCUGCAGACGGAGCCCCACCUGCUGGCCGGCACCGUCAACCCCACCGUGGGCAAGAGGAACGUCACACUGCCCAUCGACAACGGCCUCAACCUGGUGGAGUGGCGGCAGCGCAAGGAGCAGGCUCGGGGCCAGGUCACCGUCUUCGGGCGCCGCCUGCGGGUUCACAACCGAAACCUCUUGUCGCUGGACUUUGACCGCGUGACACGCACAGAGAAGAUCUAUGAUGACCACCGCAAGUUCACCCUACGGAUCCUAUAUGAUCAGGCAGGACGGCCCAGCCUCUGGUCACCCAGCAGCAGGCUGAAUGGAGUCAAUGUGACGUAUUCCUCGGGGGGCCACAUUGCCGGCAUCCAAAGGGGCAUCAUGUCUGAAAGAAUGGAAUACGACCAGGCGGGUCACAUAACAUCCAGGAUCUUUGCUGAUGGGAAGACAUGGAGCUACACAUACUUAGAGAAGUCCAUGGUGCUGCUCCUACACAGCCAGAGGCAGUACAUCUUUGAGUUCGACAAAAACGACCGCCUCUCUUCUGUGACAAUGCCCAAUGUGGCCCGGCAGACACUAGAGACCAUUCGCUCAGUGGGCUACUACAGGAACAUCUACCAGCCCCCCGAGGGCAAUGCCUCAGUCAUCCAGGAUUUCACUGAGGAUGGGCACCUCCUCCACACCUUCUACUUGGGCACUGGCCGCAGGGUGAUAUACAAGUAUGGCAAGUUGUCAAAACUGGCAGAGUUGCUGUAUGACACCACCAAGGUGAGCUUCACCUAUGAUGAAACAGCAGGCAUGCUAAAGACCAUCAACCUGCAGAAUGAGGGCUUCACCUGCACCAUCCGCUACCGCCAAAUUGGGCCCCUGAUUGACCGGCAGAUCUUCCGCUUCACCGAAGAAGGCAUGGUCAAUGCUCGUUUUGACUACAACUAUGACAACAGUUUCCGGGUGACCAGCAUGCAGGCCGUGAUCAAUGAGACCCCACUGCCCAUUGAUCUCUAUCGCUACGAUGAUGUGUCAGGCAAGACAGAGCAGUUUGGGAAGUUUGGUGUCAUUUACUAUGACAUUAACCAGAUCAUUACUACAGCAGUCAUGACCCACACCAAGCAUUUUGAUGCCUAUGGCCGGAUGAAGGAAGUGCAAUAUGAGAUUUUCCGUUCGCUCAUGUAUUGGAUGACUGUCCAGUAUGAUAACAUGGGGCGAGUAGUAAAGAAGGAGCUAAAGGUGGGACCCUACGCCAAUACCACCCGCUACUCCUAUGAGUAUGAUGCUGAUGGCCAGCUGCAGACAGUCUCCAUCAAUGACAAGCCACUCUGGCGCUAUAGCUAUGACCUCAAUGGGAAUUUGCACUUACUGAGCCCUGGAAACAGUGCACGCCUCACCCCACUACGGUAUGACCUCCGUGACCGUAUCACUAGGCUGGGUGAUGUACAAUACAAGAUGGAUGAGGAUGGCUUCCUGAGGCAGCGAGGCAGUGACGUCUUUGAGUACAACUCAGCUGGUCUACUCAUCAAGGCCUACAACAGGGCAAGUGGCUGGAGUGUCAGGUACUGCUACGAUGGCCUAGGACGGCGGGUGUCCAGCAAGAGUAGCCACAGCCACCAUCUGCAGUUCUUCUACGCAGAUCUAACCAACCCCACCAAGGUCACCCAUCUCUACAACCACUCAAGCUCUGAGAUCACUUCCCUCUACUAUGACCUGCAAGGACACCUCUUUGCCAUGGAACUGAGCAGUGGUGAUGAGUUUUACAUAGCUUGUGACAACAUUGGGACACCCCUUGCUGUCUUCAGUGGAACGGGCUUGAUGAUCAAGCAGAUCCUAUACACGGCCUAUGGGGAGAUCUACAUGGACACCAACCCCAACUUCCAGAUCGUCAUUGGCUACCAUGGUGGCCUCUAUGAUCCACUCACCAAGCUUGUCCACAUGGGCCGAAGGGAUUAUGAUGUGUUGGCUGGACGCUGGACUAGUCCAGACCAUGAGUUGUGGAAGCACCUUAGUAGCAGCAACAUCAUGCCUUUUAAUCUCUAUAUGUUUAAAAACAACAAUCCUAUCAGCAACUCUCAGGACAUCAAGUGCUUCAUGACAGAUGUCAACAGCUGGCUGCUCACCUUUGGAUUCCAGCUGCACAAUGUGAUCCCUGGCUAUCCCAAGCCAGACACAGAUGCCAUGGAACCAUCCUACGAGCUCAUCCACACGCAGAUGAAAACUCAGGAGUGGGACAACAGCAAGUCUAUCCUCGGGGUGCAGUGUGAAGUACAGAAGCAGCUCAAGGCCUUCGUCACCCUAGAACGCUUUGACCAGCUCUAUGGCUCCACUAUCACCAGCUGUCAACAGGCCCUAGAGAUGAAGAAGUUUGGAUCCAGUGGCUCAGUCUUCGGCAAGGGGGUCAAGUUUGCCUUGAAGGAUGGCCACGUGACCACAGACAUCAUCAGCGUGGCCAGCGAGGAUGGGCGGAGGGUUGCUGCCAUCUUGAACAAUGCCCAAUACCUAGAGAACCUGCACUUCACCAUCGACGGAGUGGACACCCACUACUUUGUGAAGCCAGGGCCUUCAGAAGGCGACCUGGCCAUCCUAGGCCUCAGUGGGGGGCGGCGGACCCUGGAGAAUGGGGUCAACGUCACCGUGUCCCAGAUCAACACAAUGCUUAAUGGCAGGACUAGACGCUACACAGACAUCCAGCUCCAGUAUGGGGCACUGUGCUUGAACACCCGCUACGGGACGACAUUGGACGAGGAGAAGGCACGGGUGCUAGAGCUGGCCCGGCAGCGAGCCGUACGCCAGGCUUGGGCCCGUGAGCAGCAGAGACUGCGGGAAGGGGAGGAAGGCCUGCGGUCCUGGACAGAGGGGGAGAAGCAGCAGGUGCUGAAUACAGGGCGGGUGCAAGGCUACGAUGGCUUCUUUGUGAUCUCCGUCGAGCAGUACCCAGAACUGUCAGACAGCGCCAACAACAUCCACUUCAUGAGACAGAGCGAGAUGGGCCGAAGGUGACAGAGAGGGCCAAGGCCUGGACUUCUUGCCAAAGACAGCUACUCUUUUGUGGCCGCGUAACUGACUGUGUUGUACUAAAAAAAAAAAAAAAGAUAACAAAAAAUAACAAAAACAGAAAAACAAAAAAAAAAAAUCCUUUUUUUAACAAGUGCAGAAAACAAAAAAAUACUGGUUGCAUUGUAACUCAUGCAACAUCCUUUUUUAAAGAAACGAAGAACACAAAUUUGGCCUUCACACAUUUUUUGCAAAGAACAGAAGGUAUUUUUUUUCUUAGUGUGAUCACAAUGAAAACUUAAUUGUCUUUUGUUCCCUUUUAUCUUGAGGAUUUUUCCUUGUUGUUUGGGGUACGUUUCUCCUCGCAGAGACACAUCUCCAGGAGUGUGUCCUUGUCUGUCCCUAGGUACUUGGUGUGAUGUGAGACACGAGUGUCUGUGCUAACUUGUCUCAUGUGCAACAAUUUCUUCUCCAAUGGGGGUUGGGCAGGAGUGAUGGGUGCAGAGGGUAGUAGGCCAGUGAAAAAACCCUUCCCAGGGGGCCUGGGCAGAGGGUCUGUAGAACCUGAGGAUCUUUGGCUAGCUCCUGCAGAAGGAAUGUGACUUUUUAUUCACUGUGUUCUGUGCCUCCAGAGAACCACAGAUGGCUUCAUCUUGCUCCAUAGAAUUUCAUGAUGUCAUUCAGCACCUUUUUCAGGAUGUUUCAAACUCCUGUCCCAGCUUUAUAUUUUGAUGCUAAAUGAAGCCCCCUACCCCUUUUGCACAUCCCAUGUAGUUGUCAGUGCCGUCCCCAUGCUGGGAUGAAGAAAGUGUCUCCCAGGUCCUUUCCCCCAAUCUGCUGACAUAACAUCCUGGUGCUGAGAGCCCCACCCUCUACAGGAUGGCUGUUGUCGGUUGCUCUUACCAUGGUGUUCCUUAUUGAUGAUCUCCUCCUAUCUCCCAUAGUCAGAUGUGAGAACCAGCACUGCACAGCAAGCCCUCAAUGUGGGCACCAUGACCAGUGAGGGAAGGCCACCCACAGCAAAGGGAUGGCAGUGGUGGCAAGGGUGCCAGCCUGUCUUCCUAGGUGACACCCUCUCCCCAUGACCUUGGGUGUCUUCCCUCUACAGCUCAGCUGCCACCAGUGAGAAGUAGGAGUGUAAAGAGAAGUGCUUGGUGGACUUUGAUUCUAGAAAGAUGCUUAGAAAAAGCCAAAUAGAGGAAAGUAUGAGCCAAGCAUCCUUCUAACUAGCUCCUGAAGUCUCCUCUGCUGCCCAUAUACAUGAGCUAAAUGCAGGGCUAGAACUCGGCAGGACAGGCUUUCAGGAAAUUCAUUCUGUGGAAUUCUAAGACAGCUUCCCCUCUAGAGCAGCCCUACCAGGUUUUUAAAGAAAGAUAAGGAGAAAGGAGGAAAGAGCUAAUUUUGGAGUGCCUGUCUCGGUCGUGCAACCCUACCAGGAUUGGUGGUGGUUCCUGUGGUGCCCAUGAAUCCAGCUGCCAAGCUCGGAUUAUUCCUGGGAAGACCUGAGCCUGAGGUUAUCAGGAAGAGGGUUGAGCCCUCCCCUCACAAGGAGAGUAUGUCCAGGGAGAGACAACAGCCAACAGGCCAAGGAAAGCGUGGACGGGAGGGGAGAGCAGCAGCAAGAGCUAGGAGCUCCUUGCUCAAGAUUCCAUUCCUGGUUCAUCUGUCUAAUAACCAUUGUCAUUACCACUCACAGGAGGCUCUGGGAGAUAGGAGGGGAAGCCAAAUGCUUCAUUUUGAGCUAGGCUUCUUAGAAACUGGGACUUUUAUGGGUUACAUUUACAUUAAGUGUGGAAAAUGAAUUCUUAGUCUGAACUAUUCCCCAUGGAAACCUUGUUGGACUGAUAAGCUCAUGGCACCUUUAUAGCCUUACUUACAGAGUCUUCAGAAUAUUACACAAGUUAAUGAAACCAAGAAGGUCUCCUACUGCAUAAGAAUCAGAGCAGCAUGUAGUCUGGGUUCUGCGUGGCAGAAGGAGGUGUCAAAGCUGCUCAGGGAGAGGUUUCGCCUUACCUAUCCCAUUGGGAUUAGAGGAUGUGUUUCGCUAAGUGCUCUUCCUGUUUCCAAAAAAGUCAUACUGCCGCGACAGUGUGUCUCAGCCUGUUUGUCCGCUGGUUGCCCAUUGCCUCUGGAUCCAGAGCUCCGCUGAGUCAAAUACGGUGCUUCCCAGGCACACUAUGCGUGGCAUGGGCUGGCCAGGGGGGCUCCCAUCUGGCAGGAUCAUUCUUGGAUGGGAUGGAAAAAAGUGUGGUCUGAAGAACACAAGUUCUUUAUCCAAAAGAGACUAUGCCUCUCAAAAUGUACUCGCGAUUAUCAGGGGUCCAUGAGCAAAGCUUUCCUGCCCAUCGCCUGGUUGCCUGACACCAGUCAAGACCCACUGAGGACAUCUAACUGGAUGUCAGAGACAGCGAUGAGGGCCAGAGGAACCAUUUCCCUGCAGCUCCCCAUCCUCUCUGUCCCUCCUCCAAAGCCAAACCCACCCCAGUCCCCACCAAAGAAAGGAUCUCAGGUGGCAAAGGCAGCAUUAGGGGCCUCAGUUUCAUACCUAGGUUCUUCGCUACUAGAGACACAGCUUCCAGCCUUGGCUCUUUUGAGUCAGUCUCCAUUCAGACUGGAAGGCCAGUUUGUGCCUCUCCUCUCAGUCUUUACCCCUGAUGAGAUCAGCAGCCCCAGUCCCACAGCAAGGGUGAUUCUGAAGGCAUGAACCAGAGUUCCAGGACCUGGCUUAGUGGCCUCUGGGCACCAAAUCCCAUCCUGCUGGCACCUACCCUUUUGGACACAAACUAACCCAAAUUUGUCCAUUUGUUGGAGCUACAAGCACUCCCUCCCAGGCCCAAGUUUAUGACAUUCUGCAGAGGGUUAGCUCCUGACCCCAGAGAAAGGUUACUUUAGAAGAGAUCCUGCCUUCUCCCUCAUCCUCCACAGGUACCAGUCAGGCCCUCAUCCCCAGACCCUCUGCCAUCACCUUAAAUAGGACUUCAGUGAUUCCCCAACUUUAUUUUUGGUAGGAUGUGAUUUCCUUUUUACCCACACUCCAGCCAGAUCUCAUUGGAGGGUGGAGCUGUGACAAGAGGAAGCGGGGACGAGGAGGAGAGCCAUGGUAAGUUACGGCUCUGUCAGCCCUGAUGCUUCUCUCUCCAAAUUGUUUGGCUGAGAAUUAACCCAAGGACCAGACCAGUGCCUGAUUACUACUUAGGGAUGGAGGAUUUGAAACAACCCCUAGAAAACUGAAUGGAGGUUGAGAGUGGCCAGAGGGUGUACUUGUAGAUAAUUAGAGUAGGGUAGGGUUGGGAGCAGAAGGUCACAGCAAGGCAAAGGAGGUGAGUAAAACCUGGCAGUGUUUAUAUGGACACAUAACAAGGAAUCAGAAUUGUUUAAAAAAAAGGACCUUUACAGCUGUGACUUUUAAGUGUCACCUUUAUAGAUGGCAGGGAGUUCCAUUAGGCAAGACAAGACUUCUAACGUGAAACCUUAGAAUGUGGUUCUACAAUUCCCGGCAUUGUAUUUGUGGUAACUCCUGGUGAAGGCAGUGACACUGAGCUUUGUGCCCAGGAGAAAUGAGUGUGCUAGGCCUCCGCAGGGUCUGGAGGGCUUUGGGGUCUGAACACCUGAAGGCUAAAGUUGAGUUUGUUCCCCGUUCCUCACAGCAGCCACUAAGCCCAGGAGGUGGUCUCUGCUCCAGAGCUGGGGACACCCCUGCCUGAGGGAUUGCAGAAAGAACCCUGUCUCUCCUUUUCUUUGGAGCCCUCCAUUUGAGGCUCGUAAUUCCCAGCUAGGUUUAUACACUUCUCCAUAUUUUAUUGGAGGGGAGAGAAUUAAAGGAAAAAGGAAAAAAAAAAAAAAAGAACUUUGUAGUUCAAGGCCUUUUCAUUUAACCUUCCAAAAAA